AUGAUUUUUACACUAUCAUCCACAACACAGUUAUUUUCACCUGGUCAUGAAGAAGGUGAUACCCUCUUGAGUGCUGGAUUAGGUCGACGAAAAUUAGUGUGCCCUAAUAAAAAUGCCUCACACUCAGAAUUCCAAAAGUUUUUAGAGUCUGAAUUCCCCAGACUUAAAGCAGGUGGCGGAUUUGAACUACUGAGGGCAGUUGGGGGUGGUGGAGGCAAAAGAAGACUGCAAGUGAUUCCUCCUGGAACAGAAGGCUAUAGUAUUCCAUAUAUUAGGGGUGUGGUUGAUUCUGGAAUUGUCUUUGUUCGACCAUUACAAGCCAAUCUAGACACUUCACGGCUGUCAUUUGAUGUAAGUUUAAAAUGUUAAUUCACUCUGUCACAGACUACAAUUGUUUUCAUGCAAGCAUGCCCUACUUGGAAUGAAAAAUAUGGUGCCUUUCAUGCUGAUAGUGCAUAAUUAGGGUUGGAUGUUAUUUUAUGGACAUACAGUACCCUGUAAGAUUAAUUUUGCUUGAUGUAACAGUAUGUUACUGAGUGUACAUUUGAUGUCAUAGUAUAUGAACAUUUCUGAAUUAACAUGAUUAAUGAAAUGUUUUUCUCAUUUUUCACAGGCUACAAACCCAAAAUCUCCGAAAAUAGAGUGCAUGAAUUGUGGUAAAAGCUUUGGAAUACAAGAGCUUAAAGUGCACGUUAAAGACUGUUCACAAGCCAGCACCAGGCCAGUACUAUUUAACAACAUUUGUAAUAUUAUUAUUUUAUUAAAAAUAUGUUAUAGUAGGAUUGGUUAUUAUUUUGUUCUGUGAUUCAGUGUAUUAGACCUUACAUGCAUGUGAAAGUAAUUUUUGCUUUAGUGUGAACGGUUGAGCUUUUCAAAAGAGGUUUAUUCAAAUAUUUGCAACCUGUGAAGACUAGAUACAUGUAAUUUUUUAAAAGUAUGGUUUGUAAACCCUCAUAUGCACUGGCGCAGGUUUGUACACCCACAUAUGCAUAUAGUGGUCACCGGUUGGCGAGUAAAAAUCGUUAAAAUCAAUGUUUUCAAAAAAGGCAUACAAAAGUGUAGCUAGGGGGUUCCCUGUGUCUGUAAGUACAUUUAUUUACUUGUAUUUCACGUUUUAAUGAAACCAAUUCCCUAAAAAGAUCAGUGACCCCCGUUUUUUAACUGAUAAUUUAUUUCUUUAAUGCAUUUUACAUUUCAUAUCCGAAACUAAUUUAAAAGAAAAAUUAUUUCUGGAUCUUGAAAAAAAAAUCUUUAUCAAUGCAUGUUCUCAAAGAAAGAUAUGUAAAGAAAUGUGGAAAAGACAUUUGUGGAUCAGAAUUGUACACGUUGGUAGUUUUGCUCAAAACACAAUAUUUUUUCAAAAAUAAUUACAAGAUAGGUUUACUAAAGCAAAAUCCGCGCUAAAAACGUCAAUAAAUAUUGGGCUGUUGUGAGUUUGCUGUUACUCGUAAUGAGCGUCAAGAUGGCGUCAUAUUGGGGUAAAGGUGGUAUAUUGUGAUUGUCAUAUCUUCUUAACAAGUUCCUGUGACCCCGACUUUUUUGUGUGAUUUUACUUUAAGUAUAUCUUAAACCCCAUGCCUGGGAAGUUUCGGCACAUUCUCAUUUCGGGAACAAUUACUGCAGAAUUACCUUACACCCGUUUUCAAAAUUACGCGACCAAGGACGAAAAUGCUAGAGUUGACAUGUCAGUUUUAUGUCAUUCGGUCACGAAGUUUAAACUUUGAGUUUUGCGGUUCCUUGUCGAUAUAUAUGCUUUGUAUGCUUUAUAUAAACAUGCUUACAAUGAUUUUCAAGAUAUUUUAGUGAGAAUUAUUGCAAAAUUUAAGCACAAACAAAAUCAUAACAUAUCGUUAUAGUCUAGCGCGCGUGUUUUAUACGGACAGCUAAAUUGGGUGGGGAUAAAACGCUGAAACUGAAUCGCGGAAACGGAAACUGAAAGCGGAAACUGAAAUGGGGGUAAAACGCUGAAAUGGUGAUAAAACGCUGAAAUGGGGAUAAAACGCUGAAAUGGGGAUAAAACGCUGAAAUUUAAUCGAAUUCGUUGUUUGCUAGACCAUUGCGAACGGCAAUUGCUAGAUAGUAUACUUCAAAAUAAGGUUUUAUAUCAAUUUUUAAAAUAAGUUGGGGUUAGGUUAGGGUUUAGGUUAGGGUUAAGUUAGGAUUACUGGGUAAGGGUUAGUAUUAGGGUUAGGGUUUAGUUUUAUGUUAGGAUAGUUUUUUCUACGUUAUAUGACGUCAAUGCAACAGCCAGUUUAUGCAGCAUCAGCAACGCCACAAGGAUCCCAACAGGUCCCAUUACCUACUGCUGUCAAUCCUCCAGUAGGAACAUUUGUUCUUAGUCUUUUGCAGUGUUGUCCUCCUUUAGUUCGCACCUGUUUUGGGUGUUCCCAAUCGUUAAAACUCGGCGGGAUUAUCGCAAGUCCACCGUAUGAUUUGACGAUUAUUACACGAUGAAUAGAGGUUUUCCUAACCCUAAUACUCCUGAUGGACAGUUGAUGUUCAAAGAACAAAAUGUAUAUUUCCAUGUAAAUUUGAGUUGCCUCAAGAUGAAGCAGCCAUAUUUUAACCCUGCCUGCGUAACUGUACCAAAUUGGCUGCCAUAUUAUUUAACACCAGAACAUGUGCGCUUUUUACGAGAGUUUGGUGCUCAAAUUUGACGUGGCAUGAUGUCGAUAUUGUUUUGUUUUUUAGUUUGUUCAGUUAGUUUGUUCAAUUCUACACGGCCAAAAACGCUGAGCCUGCUGUACUGUACUGUACUGUACUGUACUGCCUGUACAACAGGUUGCAACAAUAUUAUGCUGACCUGUUUUUUACAGUUAACAACAUUGAACAAUAUUAUUCAUCUUGAAUGGGGUGCAACAAUGCUGAACAAUAUUGUUAACAUUCGUGAACAAUAGGCGUAGCACAUUAUUGUUGCAACCUGUUUUUAUCAACAUUGCAACUACAAGUUCAUGAUUUUUACGCGUGUAGGCAGGAGAAGAAAAACGUUUUUUCCGAUUUAGACACGUGUCCUGACAAUUCCCGGGAAAUUCCUGUGACACCGGUUUUACACCCAAAAUACCAGCCAUAUGGCAGUGUGAAGAUAGUAUGCUAUCACAAAAAGUUGAGUUCGAAGUUAUAUGGAGAAAAUUGUAGAUUACAUUAUUAAUAAAAGAUAAACUGUCAGAUUAUAUUCGUUCUUCGAAAAUUUGUGGUUGUCAUUUUACCGGGAACUUCUUUCUUAUAUUUAUUCAGUUUUAUAGGCAAAUUACAUGUGUUCGCAAUGGUCUAGCAAACAACGAAUUCGAUUAAAUUUGCCCAUUUCAGCGUUUUACCCCAUUUCAGCGUUUUAUCCCCCAUUUCAGCGUUUUAUCCCCCAUUUCAGCGUUUUAUCCCCCAUUUCAGCGUUUUAUCCCCAUUUCAGUUUCCGCUUUCAGUUUCCGUUUCCGCGAUUCAAUUUCAGCGUUUUAUCCCUACCCCAGCUAAAUUCCAGGAUAAAUUGUUAUUUUUCAAACUUUAAAAGUUAUUCACAGCACAUAUUUCUGUUGUGAUGGUUUGUACAGUGCUUUAGUUUGUAUAUCUAAGUUAUCUAGCUCAUUUUUGUUCAGUUUUGGUAUUAAAUACGAUUUAAAAUGUCGUUUGCCAGUUUGUUUACGUUUGCUAUUUUUAGCAGUUUUUGUGACAUAAAACUGACAUUUGAAGUAAGAGUAUUUUUCAGGGAGGUCGCAUAAUUUUGAAAAUGGGUGUAAGGAACUUAAGUUUUAUUCUUUUUCAAUUUCAAACUCACAUACCAUUUUGGUUUGCAUGUUUUGUAGUUCUGCAACCACAAGCUCUAGUCCUGAUCCAUUAAAUACAGAUGAUGUCAUGAUGUUGCCAAAACCAGGAAAUGAAGUGAUAAAGGUAAUACAAUUAUGCAAUGGUCAGAAACAAGGAUUUCAUUAUCAUGGUUAAGGUUACUAAGGCCACCACAGUAUAUUUAACUUCCCGUUAUGCUCUGUAUUAUUUACAGUGUCAAUAGCUUUGAACUCAAGUAUGCAAUAGCAAUACUAAUGAUAAUAAUAAUUGUAAUUUAACUUUAAUAUAGGAAACAUUGUGCAUCAACUAAAUAAAUAUAAAAUAUAAUAAAUCUAAUUUCUCAAAACACAGCGUUCAGACCGAGACACCUUAACAAAACAAGAACAACAACACCUUGCCUCCCUCCAAGGUCGUGCUUCAAUCUUGGAGGAAAGGUUUUGCUGAUUGUUGUUUUGCAUUAGACAUUUUGUCAGUUACUUUCAAAUUCUUAAUUCUUAAGAUUCCAGAAGAAAAACCUAAAAGCUUGCAAAACAUGGAUAUUGAGACCAUUAAGAAAAUCUUGCCGAGUGUUAAUUAAGGCGACAUUAAAGUUGCUUUAAUAGCAUGUGGUGGCGACAAAAAUGCAGCAGUGGCAACACUUUUGGGUAGCGAUGAAGGUACAGUAAUAUCAGAUGUUAUCAAUUAUACAAUGCUUAUGCAGUCUUGAAUGUGAUUGCAGGCUAAGAACCUAUAGACACAACUAAUUCUUGCCACCUACAUGGAUAUUGAAAGGUGUCUGUAGGCGACGUAAUUUUAUAUGCAUGGCAUUUCUAUGCAUGGCCUCCAUACAAAACUCUUUAAAGGCCUUUGCUUUUAUAAUUGUAUAAUAAAACAAUUAUUGAAUUUCGCUUUCACAUGAUAGGUGGAUAACAUUGACCGAAUUCUGUAUAAUUCUUGAUGUAGUGCUCAGCCCCAUCCAAUAAUUUUUAAUUAUGUACAAUUAUAUAUUAUUCAGAUGACAGAGAUGAUGUAAACUAUGACGAAGUGUUAAUGAAGUCUUCGCUAGACUUUGAAGGUAAAUAAUUUAUAAUAUUGUUUAUUUUUCAAAGAAUUAGGUUGCUGCAUGGGUCAUAACCAUAGAUGUUCAUUUAAAUAUUCGAUUCAGGCAUUUAAAUCGUAUAUGAAUUAUUAUUAAACUUUUUCUAAAUAUGCCCCAAAAGAGCGAUCUCAUGGGAAAACUAUGCAAUAGGCCACCAGUACUGUUGGGGUCUUAGUACUAUUAUACCCACGACUAUUGUUUAAUUAUUAUUAGAUAUUAACGUUGUGUUUUUACUGUAUGGAGUUACGGAUUCUCUAAGAUGGAAACAUUUUCUCUUGCAUGAACAACGGUUGGGAAUAUGAAAUAAAAAUUGAAAGAAUCAGGGGCAGCGUGUUAAUGUUAACGUAUAAUAGAGCCUUUGGAUACUGUAUACCUUUAUAAUAAUUUUGUAUCGACUUCACAUUUAUUUGUAUCUCACCGCUUUCAAUAUUUUCCAUUCUGCCCAGAGACACCAACGGAGAUAUUAGAAAAUUAUCAGAUAAGAUUCAAUCAAAGGGCCCACUGUAUCAAAUUACCUUCAAUCGAUCUAAGAAGGUCUUAACAGAAGCAAUACGAAUUUACAAGAGCAAGCACAUAAAAUUAGAUCGUCCGCCAGUUGUGUACUUUGUAAGUGAGGACGAAAAAGGAGAGAUAAUCGAAGAAGAUGCUGCUGAUGUUGGAGGGCCUAAAAAGGAAUUCUUUUACCUAAUUCUGCAAGGCCUUCUGAGCUCUACGUCACCGCAUAUUUUUGAAGGUGCACUUGGCCACAAAAUUCCAGUUCAUUCCCAACAAGCUGUUUUGCAAGAAAUAUAUCUGAUGACUGGUAAAGUGAUAGCUCAUGCGGCAAUCCACGGUUGUGUUCCCACGGUGGGGAUUGCAAAGCCUUUGAUAAAGUACGUAGUUAGUGGUUGCCCAGAAGCAGCCAGUAAAGUGGUUACCAUAGACGAUAUACCAGAUCCGUCCAUCAGAAAAAUAGUAGAAGAUAUAGGAAAUGCAGAUUCCAAUCUCUUGGACGAACUAAAUAGUGAAGAGGAGGUUCAAAGUUUCAUUAAUCAGAGUGGAUGUUCUCAGGCAAUUAUUACUACCAAUAACAAGAAUGUGGUUGCAUUUGAAGUAAUGGUCUACAUUGUCAUCUUCAAACGCAUCAGAGAAAUGGAGCAGUUGAGACAGGGUAUUGAUUCAUUGUCCUUAUGUACACUUCUUCGCAAAUAUCGAAACAUGGUACAGAUUUUCUUUCCUACAGAAGCAGAAUCAGUAAUAACUAUUGAUGUUUUGAAGAAAAUCUUAAAGUCAGAGCCACAGACUGAUGAUGAUAAGAACACUUUACAAUUCUUUAUUCGCUAUUUGGAAGAAGUAUCCGAAAGGAAAGAAGGUAUUGUGAAGUGUGUUGAAUUAAAACAUAGUGUUGCCUCUUAUGGAGGCCAGUAA